GGGCUCUUCGCAAUGUGGAGGGAAUGCAGCGCUAGCGUGAUGAGGAGUCCCUCCAGAUUGACUGUGAGGAGCUGCCACAGCGUGGAUUCGAUGGACGAUAGGGAAUGGGGCAGCGCCAGACUGCAGGAUGUCGCUCGUCGCCUUUGCAAGUUCAAGGUUCCAACGGGUGUGUAUGGAAAUCUUAUGCAGUUCCCCCCUCCGCCUGGCAUUGAGGAAUCAUCUUCAAUUGGGAGACCCAAGUCUCGUGAGCUACUCUUUGCUGGCGAAGUGGAAAAAUUUCCUUGGCGGCAACGAGCGGGGGUGUUGAUUUGCCUGUUUCUAGACCAGGAAAUGGAUCUUCUUAAGGUGAUCCUUACCAAGAGGACUAGCUCGCUUUCUUCACACUCAGGCGAAGUUGCCUUGCCAGGAGGCAAAUGGGACGAGGGCGACGAAGAUGAAGUUUCUACUGCGCUCCGCGAAGCUCGCGAGGAAAUUGGAUUGGAUCCGUCACUGGUGAAAGUGGUGACGCAACUGGAACCAUUUAUAUCGAAGCUUCUCGUCAGAGUUGUGCCGGUGAUAGCACUGCUACCGCACAGGCAGAAAUUCGUUCCAAGAAUCAAUCCCGACGAAGUGGCUUCCAUGUUUGAGGCACCGCUUGAAAUGUUCCUCAAGGUUUCCUUCGACGCUUUUCUUAGUUCUUUGCACGGCAACACUGCUUUACUUUCAGGACGAGAACCAUCGCAUGGGAGAGAGAACUUUUCUCGGGAUUUCCCAUCCUGUCCAUUACUUCGACUUCGAUUACAAUGGCGAACACCACCUCAUCUGGGGUGCAACAGCGACCAUCCUCAUACGUGCCGCUUCUCUUGUCUACGAUCGUGGACCUGAUUUCCCAACUCCCAAGGCUUCCCGGCUCUAGACUCGAAUGAAGUAUCCCUGGCAAACAGCUCCAGAGUUUCUGCUUGUCUCGAUAUUCUACAAACUCGUAUGGUGAUGGCCGUGAGCCCCAUUCGGUGGAUGCCACUACCACCAAGCUCCUUAAAAGAUUGAAACAAUUAAAAGAUUGGAGAAGGGUGGCUUCAUCAGCUUGCCGGCUUUCAAGAACGCGCUGGUAGCCGGGAGCUUAAUUGAGGCAUUCAUGCAAAUCCAGGUUACUAGCGCACAAGACGACUUUGAGCCAUCUAAAUGGAAGCUACAAGUACCACGUCAAACCAGAAGUGACUAUAGCAUGAUUUUUCUAGCUUUCUAGUUUCUAAAGGCUAUGGAGUCAAAUAUGCGCUUCCAGAUGA